AUGGCUCGUACUAAGCAGUGCAAUAGAGUUGCUAUUGAGAACCCUAAUCUCGUUGACAAAGUAAGAGGAAAGGUUUAUACAAGAAGCAAUCACAAAUCAAAUCCGGACGAAUUAGAAGAAUCAAUGGCUCCAGUUAGAAGAUGGUAUUUCAAAAGCUGCAAGAAUCAACUCAUGAUCCGAUGGCCUAUUAUAGGUCGGCUCCCGUCACUUAUGUUUAACGCACACCGCAUUCACGAUUGGACUGUUGAUAUCUCGAAAGCUUCAGGUGGAACCAUCGUUGAGAAAGGAUCCUUUUUCGCGCGUGUAAAGAUUGUAUACACAUGCGAUCCUCGUAAUGUUAAGUACAUUCUUAGUACCAAUGUCUCUAACUUCCAUAGAGGAGCAGAUUACAAAGCAGCAUUCGACAUUUUAGGUGAGGGGCUCCUCAGCUCUGACUCUCAUUUCUGGAUGGCACAAAGAAGGGUUGCACGUACGACGUUUAACUCCAAGACAGUCCGAGAUAUCAUUGCUCAUAAGGGCAAAGAGGUGGUGCAAGAUUCACUACUCCAUCUUUUAUCGCACUGUGCUAAAGAAUCAUUGCCACUGGAUUUACACGAUACGUUUUUGAGGUACUCGUUUGAUACUUCCGUUAACAUCAUCUUUGGUAAAAACCCUAAACACCUCUCAACUAGCUUUCCUACAAACGAGUUCGCGAAAGCCAUGGAUGAUGCAACAGAGGCUGUAUUCUAUAGGCACGUAAUACCUAGUUCAUGGUGGAAGUUGUCUCGGAGGUUGAAGAUAGGCAGCAACGAGAGGAAGUUGAAGACAGCAUGGGAUAUCAUAGAUCGAGACAUCGCGGAGUACAUCAAGGUUAAAAGAGAAGAAAUGGUGGCUAAUGGAACAAACGGAGGAGAAAAUGAUCUACUGCAUGUGUAUAUGAGUAUUAAAGAUGGAGAAAAGGAUGAAAUGUUAUUAUCGAAGAUGUGCAGUGAUAAGUUCUUCAGAGACACUGCUUUCACUUUCCUCAUCGCUGGACGUGAUACAACAGCCAGUGCUCUCUCUUGGUUCUUCUGGGUGAUUUCAAAGAAUCAAUCUGUAGAGGUUAAGAUACUUGAAGAACUUAAGCUUAUAAUCUCCAAGAAGAAUACAAAAGGAGGGGAAAAUGGUUUUGUUAGGGCAGUGGAGAAGCACCAAUUGGUGUUUGAUGCAGAUGACCAAGCAGAUAUGGUGUAUCUUCAUGCGGCACUAUGUGAAACACUAAGACUAUAUCCUUCUGUUCCUCUAAUCCGCAAAGGUUCCAUAAGCGAUGACGUAUUUCCAGACGGAACAGUUGUGAAUGCAGGAAUGAUGGUUUUGAUCUCGUACUAUGCCAUGGGAAGGAUGGAAUGGGUCUGGGGGAAGGAUUGUCUAGAGUUUAAGCCAGAGAGAUGGAUCGGUAGAGAUGGAAAGCUAAAUCCUGAAACCAUGACCAAGUUAUUGUCAUUCAGCUCUGGCCCAAGGACAUGUAUUGGUAAAGACAUGGCUUUUGUGUUGAUGAAAUUAGCUGUUUCAGCUAUAAUCUAUAACUUCCAUUUUGAAGUCGUAGAGGGUCAGAAUGUCAUUCCAACUCCGUCAAUUGCCCUUAAAAUGAAGAACGAGUUGAUGUGCAUCGAGCAUGCAAUGGCAUUGCGAUGUUCUAUCGUUGAGGUAAAGCUGGUUAUAACAGUACCUGUGAUGCGGUGUUCAAUGGAAAAAAAAUCUGUCCCUCCAUAA